AUAUUAAAGAUCCACAACACUGAAUUAUACAUCAGUAGAUUUUGUUCUCAAACAUUCAGAAAAAUGAGCUUUCUUCUUCGUUCAAUCAGUUUCCUUUUCUUCCUUUCAAACUUUCUAAUUACGUUCGCUUCUCCUACACGGCACUUAUGCCGCCCUGACCAAAGGGAUGCCCUUCUUGAAUUCGAGAGCGAGUUUACUAUUCGGAAUCUUUAUACUGAUUACUUUUCGAGUAUUUCUUAUCCGAAAACAAAAUCAUGGGCAAACGAAAGUGAUUGUUGUUCAUGGGACGGUAUCACUUGUGAUGUCAAGUCUGGCGAAGUGAUCGAGCUAGACCUUAGUUGCAGCUGCUUCCAUGGGAAAAUCAAGUCCAAUAGUAGUCUUUUCAAGCUACAAAAGCUUCGUGCAUUAGACCUCACUCGGAUAACUCUUUUAGGUGAAAUACCUUACUCCAUUAAGAACCUCAAACAUUUGAAUACUUUGAAACUUCAGUUUUGCAAAUUCCAUGGAAAGAUUCCAUCUUCAUUUGGAAACCUUACUAAUCUAUCCGCUCUUGACCUUUCAAAUAAUCAUUUUCGUGGUCCGAUUCCUUCUUCGAUUGGAAACCUUACUAAUCUGUCCCUUCUCGACCUUUCAAUUAAUCAUUUUAGUGCUCCGAUCCCUUCUUCGAUUGGAAACCUUACUAAUCUGUCCCUUCUCGACCUUUCAAAUAAUCAUUUUAGUGGUCCGAUCCCUUCUUCGAUUGGAAACCUUUUCCAUCUCACAGAUCUUAACCUUUAUUUAAAUAGAUUCGAUGGCCAAAUUCCAUCUUCACUUGCCAAUCUUAAGCAACUUACUAGCUUACAUGUUGGUUCUAAUAUGCUUAGUGGUAGCUUUCCUCUUCCACUUCUCAAUCUUACGAAAUUGUCAGAGUUAUCACUCACUGAAAAUCAUUUCACAGGUCCACUCCCUCCAAAUAUGAGUUUACUCUCUAACUUGGAGACUUUUCAUGCGAGUGACAACACUUUCAAUGGAACCCUCCCUUGUUCUCUCUUCAACAUUCCUUAUUUGGCUUCUAUUGAUUUAAAUAACAAUCAACUCAACGAUAUUCUUGAAUUUGGGAAUAGCUCUUCAUCAUCUAGUCUAUUUAGCUUAUCACUCAGCCAUAACCAUUUCAGAGGGUCAAUCCCAAAAUCCAUUUCAAGAUUAGUCAAUCUCAACCAGCUUGAUCUCUCCCAUUUUAACACGGGGAUGGAAGUAGACUUUGGUAUCUUCUCGCAACUCAAAGGGCUCACAGAACUGGACAUAAGCUAUUUAAACACCACCAACACUGUUGAUUUGAAUACCAUAUUCUCAAAUCUCAGUGACCUAUCUACAUUGCAUAUAUCCGGGGUACAAGUUUCAACAACAAAUAUGCGUUCAGUUUCCAAGCUACCAUCAGAUUUACAUAGGCUGCUCAUGUCAGGUUGUGGUAUCACAGAAUUCCCAAAUUUCUUAAGAAGAAACCUACAACUACAAGAUUUGUUAACCUUAGACCUCUCCAACAACAACUUCACGGGAAAUAUCCCGCGAUCCAUCUGUCAGCAAAGCCUUCUACAAGUCCUUGAUUUAUCGAACAACAACUUCACCGGCUCAAUCCCUCCAUGUUUAAGGAAUCUGAAUACCUAUCUUUCAGUACUUAACCUCCGCAAUAAUCAACUGAGUGGAAAUAUUCCAGAAAUAUUUGCCAAUGCUACCAAUUUAUAUUCAGUUGACGUUAGCCACAACAAAUUGGUGGGAACACUUCCAAGGUCUCUAAAGAGCUGCUCUAGCUUGGAAGUCUUUGACGUGGGAAGUAACACAAUCAACGACACUUUUCCAUUCUGGUUAAAUACUUUGCCUAAUCUACAAGUACUUGUACUGCGCAACAACCAAUUCACCGGUUUCUUGUACCGUCUUCAUCAUUCUUUCGGGUUUCCAAAGAUGCAAAUCAUCGACAUAGCCAACAAUCACUUCACCGGGAGCUUGCCCUCAUACUACUUUGCAGAUUGGAACAUGAUAACGCGUGAAGAUGUUUCGCGAUUUAAAUACAUUGCAUCUCAGGAAGAAUAUUACCACUAUUCCAUGGUCUUGAUGAGUAAAGGACUAGAGCAGAAACUCGAAUGGGUUUUCACUCUCCUAGCAGCCAUUGAUUUUUCUGGAAAUAAACUAGAAGGAAAGAUCCCUCAAUCUAUCGGUAUGCUCAAGGAUCUUAUAGUGCUCAAUAUGUCAAGUAACAGUUUCAAUGGCAACAUCCCUUCUUCUUUGGCUAAUCUUACUCAACUGGAGUCACUAGACUUAUCACAUAACAAGCUUUCAGGCCAAAUCCCACCUUCUCUUGGAGACCUCAGUAGCCUGUCUAACAUCACUGUUUCUCACAACCAGCUGGUCGGUCCAAUACCACAAGGCACACAGUUUCAAACGCAAGAUGCUUCGUCUUUCGAAGGAAACCUUGGGCUUUGUGGUCGUCCUCUUAGUCUAAGCUGCGGAGACGUUGACAUGGAGCCGCCAUCACCAGAGAUAGAAGAAGAAGAAGAACAAGUUAUAAGUUGGGUCGCAGCUGUCAUUGCCUUAGCACCUGGAGUCAUCUUUGGAUUCACAAUGGGUAACAUUUUCAUUCCUCAAAACCCUCAGUGGUUCAUCAACAGACGUCGACGAUCACGUUAG